AUGGACGCGACUUAUACGGGGAUGCAUGCCAUCGGCUGGCAUGACAUGGUCAGCACAUGGGGAGGGCGAGUCCUUGUUGUUGUCGUGCUCGUUACCAUAGGCCUGGGUAUUGUCUACGGCUUGUUUAUAAUUGGAAGGACCGUGUUUGCACAAUGGAAGAGACGCCGUCAAGCUCCGGGGGCGCCCACGCCGGUUGUCAGCUAUAUCAACGCCCUCAAGGCUCGCUCACAACCGCUGCGCUCAAAUGGACAAGCCGGCAAGAGUUUCAAGUCCUUCAGCGUCUAUCUCGGCGGAAUAGACAACCCACCGAGCGAAGAACAAGCCCGUCUCUUGUCGGAAUGGGAUGUCAUCGUGGUAAAUCCAUUCAAGCAGGGUGUCGUAAAGGGGGUGCAUAGCCAUGACUCUGCAUAUUAUCUGAGUCGACUGGACGUGCAGAGCUGCGUGGGAUUUACCUCUAGUACUUCAAAUGAUAAAGUCAUUCAGGCCCUACAGAUUCUCUCGAACAUCCUCGUCUCAUGUUUGAAACUACCCUGUAUGCAAGAGACGCCGUUUCAUGGCAUUGUUCUAGCUCGUUGGGAAGAACAUUUCACACCUCCGGUCCUCAGUCAUUUGCUUGACUAUAUCAACCAUAUCGGUCUCAACGUCUGGCUGGAGAUACCACCGGGAACCUUGGGCGACGUGAGCCACUAUGAUCGCAUCAACAUGAGCCGUGUGCAGGGGAUUAUCUUCCGGAAUGGUACAAUUGCUCCUGAUGGGAGCCAUCGAGACUACUUCCAAAUGUCGCAGGUACGCUCGACCAUGCGGGCAUUGGCGGCUCAGAAGCCCGCGGGAAGUUGUCACUUUGCCAUGAUGGAGGUGGUCGACGAUGAUGUGAUGAUUCCGCAUUCUACUCUGCGGCGCACAUUCAAAUGGUGCAACUACAACAGUGCUCUGAGUUGGAACGGGCCUAAGUCUGCAGUGAUGGAUGCGGAUGUGGCUGCGUCGAGGAGAGUGGUGGAGGAACCGCUGUCGGCGCUGGCGUGGCUAAGAGACGACUCGGUAGCGAGGAUGCACGAUCGAUGGCGUUUGAAUGACGCGAUACUGCGCGAAGACGUGGGGCAUAAGUCUCUUUUUGAAGCGCUAGACGCUUUUCUUCCGGAUCUUGAAGAGAGAUUGAGAGUUAUUCAUACCACGGCGGACGUCGACUCGCUAGGUCUGGAAACACAGGUCAGCAAGGUCGACUUACACCUCAAGCGCUCCUCUCCGGAUCCCAAUCCUUUCUUGAUAUCCUCCUCCGGCGUGGACUACACUGGCCUGGGUUGCUUCCAGCUCGGCCUUGACUGCUCGCUAACUGAGAUCAAUGAGUUACUGAAAGCACAGGUUGGCCUUCGUGAUCUGGGUCUUCUGGAGCGGGUUCAGCAGGACAAAUUGGACAAGGUGGCCUUGGAGCUACGCACUGCACUGAAAGUUGAGCCCGACAGCCCCACGCCAUCCACCACAUUUUCGAGCAUUCGGGAAUUGAUCGACCUCCUUUCUCCCAGCGACGCCAAGAGUCACGGUAAACUUCGAGUUUGGGUCGGGCUACACUCCGGAUUCCGCACUCGCAGCGAAGCGCAAGUUUGGGGAAUAUACGGAGUCGACUCCACUACCGGUUCUAUAGAUAUAUAUCUGUCCAGCAGGACUGCGGAUCCUGCAGGCACAAUACUACACACCUUCCUGUCAAGUCGCGGAUUGACCCGGUUCGAGUGCUUAUUAGCAGAAACAAUGGUAACAGACGCCAACAACCGGUGCUCUUCGAAAUGGGGAUUGUCUCCCCGGCUGGUGCGGGAUAUAGAGGAACUCACACCAGCAGAAACCCUCCAGUGGAUGAGGCGUCUGGAUCAAUCUACGUGCGCGCAAUCAGCUGAGCUCACCGCCAAAGUACUGAGUGUCUGCGAGUAUCAGGUCCUGGAUACCCCUACUCUGUCCCAGCUGCGCCGCAUGUCCUCGGUGGAGUAUCUCGCCGGUAAAGUGACCCCGGAAGAGCUCGUUCAGUGUCGCCUACAGUGGUACCAGACUCGAGGCGUGACACUUGAGUAUACCUCUGCAUUGGCGGUGUUCAAGGAGAGUAAUGUCCGUCUGGAAGAGGCUCUUGCUCAUCGAGACACGGGCACACUUUCCCGGUUACUCACAGUUCUGGAUACUGUUCUGCAGGACUCAUGCAUUGAUCCAAAGGCCGACUUUCUGGCAAUGUCAGUCUUCUGCGCCGCCCGUAAAGUCGCCCUGGGUGAGAUUUUCCUCGAAGUGCUUGAUCGGAAUCCUCGACCAAAUCUGCACCACGUGCAAGCAGCUUGCUUCGCCGAAUUCUACGCAGUGGGAGCACGGUGCGACGGCUAUUUCGACAUGACGCCCAACGAACUCGGCCGCAUCCUGUUUGAUCAAAUCCGCACAUACUACCAAAGCCAUCCUCCCCCACCCCCUUUACCAGAAGACGGCCCCGACCUGCCAACGAGUUAUCAUUCAAUGGACGUUGACCUGGAUCCGGACCCAGGAUCUCAUGAGCAUACCUCUGUGUACUACCGCAUCGGGUCACUUGGCAUCUUCGCAAUCCCAGCACUUAUUGAUAUUAUCCUCCUUACCACAGUAGGGCGCGGGCUCUACCUCUCAGCAUUCAUGGAAAACGCAGACAAGACUAUUGCGACUGCUGCGCUGAUGGUCUCAUUGCUCCUAGGUGGCGCCUUUGGCACGUGGAUUACCUCUGGUGGGAGCUAUUAUAUGUGUUCCAUGGCCUUCCCUGCAACGAGCAUGUUCGUCAUGACGCGGUUUGUUGCUGGACUCGCCGUCGUUUUGACAAUAGGUGCGGUGACGUGUAUUGGAAUUGGCAUCGCGCAGACCUUUCGCUCGGGGGUAAUCUUUCUCCUCUACCUCGUCAUUCUUACCACAUAUCUGAUGGUUGUGUCGGCCAUGUCCAUCUACGAGAUCCAGGGGCAUCGGUUUCAAUCGGGCCGUCUGGUGAUUGUAACCUGUGUUCCCAUUCUGCUUAUCUCUCCCCUCCUCACCACGUGGCUUCAUCACGACAUCGUGAUUUAUCCAUCUGUCCUGGCGGUCUUCCUAGCGGUCCUUCUCUUCUCUGCACGGCGGGUAGUAUCCAAGUGGAACAGCUGGUAUCUCGAGAUCCCGUGCGUGACGGAUGAAGAGGUCAUCGAGUGGUAUCAACAGACACACUUGUCGCGGAACCCCGAUGGAACAUGCAAGGGAGAGCCACUAUCCUAUCUUACGAUCCGCCAAGCGCUAUGGGAUCGUGUUCAACAGGAACAGUCGUUCCGACCCUGGCGACGAUCCUCGCCUGAUCCGUUUGUCGAGCGGCUGGCGAGGGGCCAUCCAGCGGUGAUUGUUCUGCUUACUUGGUACUGCAAGUACAUGGGGACGCGAUUACCACUACCCUACAGCACGACCUGGAACCUGCAACUAAAGUCUGCAAUCGAAAGCCUAGUAAAGAUGCAAAAGGGACUUAAGCAGCACAGCGCAUUUCUGCACUGGGUACACUCUGGGCAGGAAGUCUGGGGCGGGUGUUUAUACUUUGCUCUUGCGCUGAUGGACAAGUGGACUGCACUCUUCACAGGCGAAUCGAUCGUUGGUCUCUCUAUUUCCAGUGAGACGUAUCGGCUGGCUGUGGGAUUUGGGCUGGCCUAUUAUCUAGCGGGUGCGAUUAUCCUCGACGCGGUUUCCAAGCCGCUCUGGGCUCUCGCCCAUAAGGAUGGAGACGAGCAGGUAUCCAGUCUCGACACUCUACGCGAUGCAAUCCGCAACACGAAGCGGCAACGCCGGGCACUCUAUUGGUCCUACCUCCUGAGGUAUACCCUCCUCCACGUCUGGGGACUGGCCAUGACAGCGGCUUUGCUAUGGGCAUUUGAAUCCUCGCGCAGCGCAACACAGAUGUACCUGGCCUACGUCGGCGCGUACAGCGGCCUCCUGUGGUACCAGUACAGCAGGAUAUACGCGCGGCAUCGGUCUGAUCGUCCGUUGGCUCUCGGGACGGCUGUUGGAUUCGCGACAUGCCUUCUUCUUCGCCUCCUCCCAGAGGGGUUGUCGUAUAGUGGUGUGAUUGGGCUGGCGGCGGGUACGUGGACCGCGGCGUCUCUGUCGUUUGUCAAGGCGACUGUCGGAUGGGCACCGGAUAUGACGGAUGGCACAGAGAACGACUCGGUGGCCGAGGUCGCAACAUACACCUGCACCGCCUUGGAGCCAGCAACAGACAUCUCGCAGUCCAGCGUGGCUCAUACUUUCGGGAUGAUUACGUCCCUACCGUUGGAUCUGCGUCGCAGGGUCGAGCAUUCGCAGUACCCCCAAAUUAUGGAGAUACUUCUCUCACCACGUCGAUGUCAGGACUCGCGGAUUACCCGAGCGUUUCCUCAAGCAAACGACGUGCUACGCCGCACAGCAGCCCUGUGGGAGUCUGGAGAGAUAGUGGUGGAGAUUGUCUGUUCUCACUCUGUGCUCAGAUCAAAGGAGGAGCCGUCAUUCCGGUCCGUAACUAAGAAGACUUCGUCAUUGCUACAUAUUAUUGUCAUCACGCCGUUGGACUCGAGCCAGGAUACCCUGCAGGACAGGUAUCAUACAAUAGCCGAAGCGCUAGUGUCGAGCACAGCGGAGAAUAUCUUCGGCUGGCCGCAUGACCACGCCAUGCUUGCGGAGAUCCUCGUUCACCCGCCGGAUGUUGCGAAUGGCCGUCUCACGAUUGCGGAUGGCAUCAAGCGCCAACUCCAGUUUUCACCCCGCGAGCGGGACAGCAUUGUUCCAAGUACCCAAGAGACUAUCCUGCAUCACCUUGUUCUGGGUGUGAACACUGGUCAGGAAUGGGAUCUUCUUCCUCAUGACGUUCGCACUUUCCUCUUGCAGCGGGCACGAGGACAGUCACACCAGCUCUCCAGUUCUGUGGCGAGGUGGAUGUGUUCGAGGCUCAAACUAACACAGCUAGUGGAUGCGGAUCUUUGGCUGGCAAGAGCGGAUCUGAGUGCCUCACUCGCGGAGGCUGUCAGCGAGUACGCUCAGGCCAUUUCUCCCGAUUCUGGCGUGUCCAGAGGAUCAGACGAAGACUUAUUGUGCAUUGGGCAGCCUAAUCUGCUCGCCAACGAGGAUAAGAAGGUGGAGGUGACAGUCCUAUCGCAUGUUACGAGUCCGAACCGACAUGAAGGAUCCCCCGAGCUAACCUAUAAUAUAAUGGAAGAGAAGCGCUUCCCGGGGGUGGUGAAACAGAGGCUUCUCCAGUUUCAUCAUGCACUCAACACAUGCAUCAAAUUCACCGUCCUCGCGCUUGUUGCAGAUCCCGAGUACCAGAGGGAACUGCACUACAUGUUGCGUGGGGAGCCCUCGAUUGUCUCAUGGCUGGCCGGGCGGUUCCUGACAGCAAUCUGGUUAUUCUGCAAGGUACUACAAGAUGUUGUCCUUCCGGUGGUCCUGCUGCUCGGACGAGAGAGAAUCACCACGCUGUACAAGUCCAUGAAAGCGGAAACAGUAACAAUCGACAAGGACCGGAUUGAUCUGGUCACCUUGGACGGCCGAUUUACGUCUUUCGUGCAUUCUGAGCCGGACGGGCGCUUCCAGGUAAACACAUAUUCAGGUCGCCAGGACCAAGAGCCGAACAAGACCGAGGGCCUGGCCGCGAUAAAUUCGUACACGAGUGACUGGCUCUUGCGUGCCCGCGAUGAAUACGAUGGCAAGGGUGUUCUGACAAACAGCUUCGUCUAUGAAUACGCCGCGCAAGUCUCCACGGAGGCUAAUACGAAAGUGCCCAUCCAACGACUGUGCCUUGCUGGUAAGCUAAAAUCGCAAGUGGCGUACUACGAUCGUCGAGGGUAUAUCAUCUCCGGCUCUGCACUGCGCGGGACUAAACCUUCUGGGUUCCAAUACUGGUAUGCGAAAAACGGCGCGGCGGCUGAAGAGAUCAUCCGCGCCGAAUAUGCUUUUCCAGACAUUACAGUCCAAGUGGCCUGGGCGGUUCCCCGGGCAUCGGGGGGAUUGGAUGAAUGGAUCCCCUUUCCCCGUGUCACAGCGGCCCUCUUUAUCGAGGGCGAGAAGGUCUACAAUGCAGUCUGGACCUAUGAUCACAGGUUUCAGGCAACUCUACGAGUGACCCUCGGUGGUGCCGAGAUUCCUGUUCCAGCCAUGAUCUCCGAGGACUGGUUCAAUGUGCUUCAACGACCCACAGUGAACUCCUUCCGAAGCGAGAAUCCCCUGGUGGAAUUCCCGCCACGGAGGGGUACACUGUCUCGUCUCUUCAAGCGCAAUACCAAGCGGUAUCCGGUUCCGAUAUCGCGAGGCCGAUCGUACCUUUGGCAAGCGUGGAAAACAUCCCAUGACGUUGAUGCUGUUACUGCUAGAUGGCUGGAUGAAACGAUGAUGCGGUCGAGUGUUGUACUCAAACCAUAUUGGCAGCAUCGGGAGCGGGGGAGGCUGGGUGCUGCAACCGAGUAUCUCAACGCAAAUGCCGACGCCAUUCUUCCGGAACUCGAUCUUAAUCAGAAGAUCAGUCCUUGGGUUCCUCUAGCACUCAGGUAUAGUGACCUGCACACUUCUGUGGCGAGCACCAUACAAACACAACCCCCCCAAACGGAUACGACCAGCCGCGACAAUCUCCAUGUCCUGGCCAUGGACACGGGCACAUGGCCCAAUGAGCCGGGCGGAGUUUCGGCGUGCCGGCGAGAUCUCGUUGACAACAUCAAGCGAAUAAGAUGGCAUAUCAUCGCUGAGUCCGCAAAUGACUUUGGCCUACCCCGGUUCCAAAUCGAGCGCAACGUCGAUUCAUUGACAAUCCUCCCGCAAUGGGGACUGGAUUUUCUACAUCCCACGCAUGGGAUCUUUCAGCGCUCUCUAUAUUCGCAAAUUGCCGAGAAGACCUGUAUUACAACUGACGCCGAUAUCCGGGUCAAUUUCAUCCCUAUACUAUGCACCCUUGUACGGUGCGCUCGCAUGGAUCGUCUAGACCAGGUCCAUCUUAAUGAAGCUACGCAGGCGCUGGUGGAUCUGAAUGAUUACUUUCAAGUACGCAGCUGGAAUGAUGUCUGGAUGAGCGAUAUAGUCAAGCAGACAUGGCGAGAGCUCUGGCUCGGCGAAGAGGUGCAGGCAGGUAUUCCUGCCUCGCAAUGGCUCGAGGCCGAGAGGCCCACAAUCUCGCAGCUGGAUAAUGCGCUGGAUAUGUGGCAUCGCUAUCUCUUCAUAUUCUCCAUCCCCGUUCCAGAAAAGAUCCCCACUGUAUUUCAGGUCUCCCAUCACUUCACGGGAGCUACAUAUGGCGUCUUGUGCAAGAUAAAACGCCAGUGCGUACUGCAGGUGUGGGACCACUGCAUCAGCUUCCGCGAAAUAACCGCCUUCCUCUCCUCAGCCGUCUCGCAGGAUUCAGUCUUCGUCAACAACGCCCUGAUUAGCCUCGGCCAUCUCUCAUGCGUCCUCAUCCUACACCACGCCGACAUUAUCCUCCCAUGCGGCGAAUACUUUAACCCCGGCUGGGAAACCGAGCUCGGAACUUGUCAAGGCACGAUCCAGCACCGAAAGCUGUUCAUUCGGAAGAUUAACGCAGUGGUGAACGGCAUCGCAAACAUGGAGAAAUAUAAACCAGCCAAAGAGGCCAAGAAGACGGGCCCGCCGACGGUCGUGAUGCUAUCGCACGUUCGGUACGUCAAGGAUAUCAAGACGGCUAUACUCGCCGCGGACGUGCUGGUCAACCACUGGGGGUUCCGCGACUACCGGCUUAACGUAUAUGGCGACAUGCAGCGCUCUCCUGGGUACUCGUCCGAGUGUCAACAGAUGAUUGACGCGAAGGAGCUGCGCGGCCAUGUUUUUCUCAAGGGGCUGGGGGACCCGCUUGUUGCGCUUGAAGAUGCGUGGCUAUUCAUGAACUCUUCCAUCUCCGAAGGCCUCCCACUAGCCAUGGGCGAAGCAGCCCUAGCCGGUCUUCCCGUCGUCUGCACGGACGUCGGAUCGUCCUUCUGCGUCGUGACAGACCCAAUCACGGGUCAAAAAUUCAGCGAGGUCGUAGCGCCCAAUGACCCAACGUCGCUUGCAGCAGCGCAGAUCCGCAUUCUGGCACUAUUGGGGCCCUGGGCAGAAUUUGCUGAAGAUGAGCAGGAUCAUGUUCCUCCUACGUUAUCGCUCAGGCCGUCGGAAGACGAGGUGGAGCUGAUUACGCGGCGGAUGUACGAUAAGGCUGAGCAGAGAAGGAACCUGGGGCUUUUGGGGCGCGCGAAUAUUUAUAAGAAUUUCUCGAGCGAGCGGUAUCUGCGUGAACAUGAGCAGAUGUUGAGGUUGGGGGAUUAUCGCAGUCGGUGGGGUGAUACCAGGUCAAGUAAGGACAUCUGA